AGCGGGACCUAUCUAAUCUCACUAUUUUAGUGUGCAGGUGUGUGUAUUUAUAUCCUUGGGAAAGCUACGGUGGGACCGAUUAGGAAACAUUUCCAGAAAAGGUUAUCUCUUGUAGGUGAGGGUUUCCUAAUAGGUAAUUUUGGCUGGAUGCCAUGCCAAAGGAGGAGCGUGAUGGCUGUUGUCCACUGCUCUGUGUGAAGAGAGGGAUGUGCUGGGAUCCAGUGAAGUCUCUCACUGGUGAUUCUGCGUGGAGCUCCGUACUGCUGAGAACAGCUCGUCUGGAAGUGCACAAGUUUGGAAUCACUGGCUACAAGAAGCAGGAACAGCGUGUAUGGGAACAGGAGCGUGCUAUCAUGCUGGGAGCCAAGCCCCCAAAAAAGGAACACGUGAACUACAAGACUUACCAAGAGAAAAUGAAAGAGAAAAAAACAGCAAAGGAUGAUGAAAAGGGAAAGGAACAUAAAGGUGAUUCUCUUAAGAAGAAGAAGAAAGAUCAGAAGGAGAGGAAGGCCAAAAGGAAGAAAUCGGUGCCUAGCAUUUGGCCUGCAGGACAAGUUGGAAAAUUCAGAGAUGGGACCUUGAUCCUGCAAAGCUAUGACAUAAAGAAAAUUAAAUCCUCUAAAGUUAUCAAAUGAACUUCUGAUACAGAGUGUAAUGGACAAUACGCAUAAGAUAGAAUUCACAGUGCUGCUAACACAGAUUUAUGGAGCCUCUCGCCCUCCCACCAUGUCCUAAUUUUUAUUUGUUGUUGCAGGAUUUCCCAUCUUCCAUUCUGCCUUGGGAAGAAUAUGAGAAUUUACCAUUUUAUAAAUAAAAAUAAGACCUUUUAUUAAGAAGGUUACACAGGCUAUUUUUAUUAGUCAAUACGUGCUAAAGAAAGCAUUUCACUUUCUAGAAUCAGCUUAUUUUCUAGAAUAUUAAUUUAAUCCAUUAAUUGAUGGAUUAAAAUAUACAGUGCUCUGCUUUCAUCUGGAAGGAAUAUGGAAAAAGCAAUACUUUACUUGCUGUGAACCUAACAUAGGUAUUCUCAAACACUUAUCAGUCUAUCCAUCUGUUUCUGUAUCUAUAUGAAUAGUUAGUGGAUAGUGGAACUGCACAACAAACAGUGUUCCUGGCCAGCAAAACCUCUUAAGGUUUCAAAAUUAUCCACUUGGGAAUGAAAACGAGAUUUUUCUCAAGUUUUGUCUCAGGUAAGAUAUAAUUUGUGUAUCUCUGCAGAGAUCUCCAAAUAAGCACCAUUUCAAGUGGUGGGUUAGUUUAGUUUGUGCUUCUUUUUUUCAAAAAGCAACAAACCCCAAAACGUUUAAGACUUGAGACCUGUGCCAAAUGAUGCAUAAGACACCCAACAGCUACUGGUUGUUCAUGGUUAAGUCGUGUUUGUUUUGAUCAGUGUUCCCAUGCCUCACAAGGCUUUUCUAUGAAAUCUUUAUCAAAACUGAAGUUUUAGUGCUAUUUGGAUUUUAGCAGUUUGGUGUUUCUGAAAGAACAGUUUUGUCCUCGGUAGUUAAUUUUUUAUUUUUUUUUAAGUUUGUGUUUCCAUUAGAAACAGCAAUUGUUAGCAAAUUUCCAAAAUGCCAUCUCUGUUCUACCUCAAGCUAAAUGAACUUGAAUAUUUUAGGAGGAGGCAAAAGAAAGGUUAACUGUUAAACAACAGAGGAAAAAGUUCACGCCGUGGUGUUUAUACCUAAGGUCCUCUGGAGCUUGUUUGAGCAGCUCUGGCAGUGAAGCAGAUGUAUACGAGAAGGAAAAUAGCUCUUACUGGAGUAACUUCUUUCUAGGUGUAUUGGUGACGUUCAGCGUAGCCCCGCGGCUGGCAAAGCCCGCUUCCUGGCUGCCGCCCGGGAGCCUGAAGAAGGGCAUCUCUAACCCUGCGCGGGCGGUGAGGUCCGAGUCAGCUCGCAGCUAGCACAAGGACAGCAGCAUUGGGGGCUGCUGCCCCCUUAUCCCCCCCCCAGGAUAAGUACGUGCUCUGGGGUAGGGACAGCCACAGCGCAGAAAGGGAUGCCUUCUCAUGCGCUCCCUCCCGCAUGCCUUCCACCUUACUUUCAGGUCCUAGAGAAGUGCCCUGCCAGCUCAGGGAGGACUAGGAGAGAGCCCGGGAGGAGGGAAACAGAAGGGAGCGUUUCUGGAGCCAUGUGGGAGGAGUUGGGUUGCUAAAUACUGUUAUCACAUUUCAUAAUUGUGUAAUUUGAUUUCUUCUUAUUCAGUAUUGGUUGUAGAUUCAAACCGGAGUUAACAAUCCUAUCUGGUUACCGAAUACGUAGACUUAGAGAAAUGUCAAAUCAUGGUUGCGUGUGAAGGUGUAAUCGCUAAGCAGGAUUGAAUACAGAGCGUCAAGACUUGUUGAGGCAGCAGAUGGGCUUUGGAUGUUGUGGGAUAACCUGUAUUUUUUAAUUCCUGGUUAAUCCUUGAGCUUGGUUUUUCAGUGCUCGCUUCCAGAUAAAGUUUUGUUCAGCUGCCUUUGGGUAUAAUGUGUUGUGGGAGUUUAUGUCCUCAAUCAGCUUUGGUAAUUUAAAAGGUUCACUUUCCACCUCCACAGCUCCCAAAACCUAUUAAGGAGUGAAACUUGGUCAGAAUGGUGUGUCUAACUUUUGCAGUCCUGGUCUCAAGCUUGUAAGCUCUGUUGAAGAAGAGUUGAAAAAAAUUCAGUUCUUAAAAAGUUGAAAACUAAAAUGCCAAGCUGACAAUGGAACAUGAAAGCUUGGGGAAAAACACUAAAAUAAAAGCUUAU